GGAAAGCUUAAUCAGUACGGAUAAACAAUACAACGAGCGGGUUAAAAAUAUUAACGAUAGGCAUAUAAUGCCAGCAAGGUGGCCGAUAUCAGGAAAGUCACAAUCUUGACAGAUAUGAAAACGAGGCAAUAAUAAAUACCUUAAAGCGAAAAAUAAAUUUWUUUGUAUAUUUUCACACUUCAAUUCGUAAACGUUUGCACAUAUCGCACGCGCAUCGAAAAUACACACUUGUAAUAUUCAAAAAAGUUAAGAAACAAAACGAUUAUUCAAAAAUAAAAAAGUUACUAAUUCGAWCAUAAUUUCCCGCCAGCGAAAAUGGAUAUAUUUCUGGCUUAUAUCUUCACAUUUUUUCUCAUAUUCAUAAUAAUGCCAAUUACAUACUUCAUACUACGGUUCGUGCUGUGGUUUGUGUUGGAUUAUUGCGGCUGCAACAAGUCGUAUAGUGAAAAUCGACGUGACCGACAAGGUCGGCGGUUAACAAUGGGGCAUAUAUAUGAUCGCCAAGGCAACAUUUUCACAAUCGCAAAUGAGAGCGCCAACAACCCGUUACCGCAUCGUUUUUCAGAUUUCUUCUAUGUUGAACCGAGCGCCGAAGAGGCAGCCCGCAUUCGCGCACAAUUGGAGAAGGAUGAAAAGGAUUUACCCACCUACGAAGAGGUGAUGGCCAUGAGUGCCGCUCAAACGGCGGCCGGCACUUUAUCGCCACCACCUACAACUUCGACAACUUCCGUUGCCACAACGGAUACGACAGUGCCGCCAUACUCAGARGUCAAUCGGAACGGGAUUCGGGCAGCUCCAGUAACCUUGGAAAUGGAUGCAAUUGCGAGACCAACAGGAAACGUAACAGUACCAGCCGCGGAAGCAGGAGCAGCGUCAACAUCCCGUGCUGCCGCCGCCGCUGCCACAAGUACAGCGACUACAGCUACUGUCGUCACCCUUGCCAAUUCGGUGUCAAAUACGAGCGUGUGAUCCACCCACUUGCAUUCAACAGUCAAUAGUAUGCCGUAUUGGUCUGCAUACGGAUAACGUGGUGUAUGAGCAAUAUAGUGUCUUCUGAACUUACAAA